AUGAGCUUGGCAGCGCCCGAAGACGCCGCGUCGGUUCUAGAACAGUUCGUACAUGAUGUGGCCAACACUCCGGCAGAACUCACGCACCUGCUCGAGGAAAUCCAAGCCAAAGACAUCCAAAUCCAGGCAUUUCGCGACGAAAUCAACAAACGCGAUGCUCAGCUGCAGAAAUGGGUGCGCGUGAACGGCGGGCACGUCCGUAACCCCAAGGAAGAAGCCUUUACGAAGACCAUCAACGACUGCUACGACAAGUGCGAGAUUCUACAGGCCGAGAAAUGCGGGCUCAGCGAGAAGGCGCAGAUUGUUCUCGACCGCCAGAUCAAACGUCUUGACAUCAACUUGCGGAGUUUGAGCAUGCGAGAGGAAUUUCCCGGCGACUGGAAUGGCCCUAGCCUGCUCUCCGCAAGCGGCCACGCUACAGGAGUGAGCACCCCUACGCCUGCAACUACCGCGGCGCAUCAGCCUCUGCAAGCCGUGAGCGGCAAUGUGGGAAGUGCGGGUGGUGCUCCAAAUGUCGCUCAGAUGCGACUGGCUGCCCAAGCCGCCGGCGCGAGUGGGAGAACUGGCGCACCUGGCGCUCAGACGCCCACCAACGUCACACGUACCCAGCGGGAAGGCAGCAGCGAGGCGAGCAAGCGCCGGAAACUCAAUACCAGCCUCUCAUCCCUGCCCGCCGCAUCGAGUAACCUCCGCCAAUCCUCCCUUGGCCCCGGCACGCCAAAGGCAGGAACGCCCGUCCCCGCCGGCACAACCACCUCUCGAGCCGGCUCCCAACAACCCGCCCGCCCGACCGCCGGAAACAAAAAAGCCUCAACCACCAUGCCACCCCGCAAAGUCGUCCCCCCACCACCAGCCAACAACCGCCGCCGCGACCGCACGCGCCCCACAACCAAAAAGUCCGACCGCAAACGCCACCUCAAAUCCGGCGACCGCGCAACACCAAGCACAAACGCCUCGCACUCCUCCGGCGACGAGUCCGGCACAUCGCCCACCCCCUCCUCCCUGCCUCGCUCCCAAGCCGACGGCACAGCAGACCGGACGCGCAAAGACGGCAGCGCCUCGCCCGACCACGACUCCGACGAGGACGAGGAAGACACCGGCCCGUAUUGCACGUGCCAGCGCCCGAGUUUCGGCGAGAUGGUGUGCUGCGACAACGACAACUGCGAGUUCCAGUGGUUCCAUUAUGAUUGCGUGGGCAUCAAGACGCAGCCCGAGGGCGAGUGGCUAUGUCCGGAUUGCAAGAAGUUGCCGCGCGAUAAGAUUGUGAAGGGCAGUCAGUGA